AUGACCCUGGGCUACUCCCGCAAGACCCAUGACCCGUGGCACUUCCCCACUGACGGCGCGGCCGGCGAGCACAUCUGCUCCAUGGCAGUCGGUGUCAGAAGGUUCCCGCUCCAUGAGGAGAAUCCCGACGAACUUGCGGAAUAUCUUGAGAUUACGACAAAUUGGGGCAGACAGGCGGCUGUCGGUCUCAAAGAGAAAAACAUGGAGAUGCGUAAGCUUUUGGUUGCCCCGGGUACUUCCAUCACUGGAUUGUACGGCUCUUUUGUCAGCUACUCAUGGAUUCCCCAAGUGCUGCUCCGAUACUAA